GUAACAUUGCACAAUAACAAAAUUGUUUAAUGGCGUCCCGCGUCAGCCAUUUACGAAGUUAUGACGCUCUGAUUCGGCAUUCGGCAUUUUCAUUUUAUUUCUUUGUUUCUGUUCGUAAGGGUGUGUUCUCUACGAUCGAAAUUGAAACUAAUCUUUGUGUUACUUCUUUGAGUUAUUCUAUUAACAAUUCUUAAUCUUUUUAACGAUUAUAAUCGUCCGGCUGUUUUCUUCUAACGAGUAAGUAUUAUUUUUAAGAAUAAUUCAUUAAAUUUCCUGUGUAUUACGCCAUUUUAGUUGAAGUCUGACUUUUAAAGGGAAAAAAAAAAAUUCAAAUUAUCGAAGAACACUACAUCUAAAUAUUUUUUAUGCCUCCCGUUUUGCCAAUGUUUCGUGAUUGAAUUUUCGAUUGUUCCCUUUACUCGCAUAGAAUAACAGGUUUAAAAGUGCGCAUUUGCAGUCUUCAAAAAAUGUUGGUCUCUGAAAGGAUGCCUCUUGGGGUAAAAAUAAAAUUUAUUUGGAUACUAUGCUUUUUCCUAUAUUUUUAAGUUAUGGUUUGACCCCGAGAACCAAACAGCGUCCAUGAACAAUACAAUUCUUCCAAUUAUGCGAACGUGAACUUUGUGUAUCUUGAUGGAACAUGAGAAAACCAUUGGUUAUUGGUCAGAAGGGGCGUACGAAAAAUAUGCAUUUGGCGUUUUUCAAUGUUUUGACUUUUUUUUACCCCAAGUUCUAUACUUCAACACACCCCAUUUUUAAUAAUGGAGGUAGGUAUUUAUAUAAAAAAAAUGUAAACUUCAACCCACAUGGCAUUAUUUUACGAGUUGGCGUUAUUACGAAUUCAUAAUUAAAAGUCUUUGAGAAGGUAGUAGAGGGGAAAUUUAAUGUAUAUUUGUAAGCACCAAUCAAUCAUUGCUAAUGAAAAAAUGAUUCUGGGUGGAGUAGAUGUUGAUAGUGUUGCUUUGUCAACAAUAUAUAUGCUAUAUUAUGAUAAAAUAAUUAUAUUAUAUAUUUUACUUUAAUAAUGUUUUAUAUUGUUUAGUAUUGGAAUAACAAUGGGCAAAAUCUAAAAAUGGCCUCUCUAAUAUACCUCCCCAGUCAGAUUUAAUUUUAGAAAAAGUGCCAUCAUUGUGAAAUCCGAGCAUAAUUGCUGGUAGAAAAGUUGUUCAAAAGAAAAAAAAAGGCCAUAUUUUUUCCAACUUAUACCUACAUAACGUUAAUUUUCCCGGUUUAUUCAAUUUAUUGUGUAAACAUCUGAGAAAAUAGAAAAAUGACCUCUUUAAACUACCUCUCCAGUCAGAUUUCCUUUUUAAAAAUGUACUACCAUUGUAAAUUUAAGCAAAUUUGCUGGUAGAAAAGUUGAUCACAGAAAAAAAAAAUAAUCUUUAUAAAACCAUAAGCUUCUUUGUUCCAUUCAGAAUUUAAAAUUUAAUAUCUACCACAUGUCAUCUUAUAUUAUAAUUGUAAAUUUAAUUUUUUUAAACUGGUACAAUUAUGAUACAUAUCUUAUUAUUUGUCAUUAAAAUUAUAUUUUAAUUUAAAUUUCACUGAUGGAGUAGCGAAAUAUAAAAAUAUUCAAUAAAACAAUGUGAGAAUAAUAAAUUAAUUUUUGUUAUUUUAUGAUUUAAAUUUAAGUAUCAUAUAACAUACAUGAGGGGGGAGAUGGUUUGUCUGGGACGUCCGGACUUGGGUUUGUAAAACAAGGAUUCGAUAACAGUAAUCAAGAUCCUUAAAUUGGUAGUUUGUUAUCUUUUUAAUAUGAAAGUAAAAAUUGCAAUUAAAUAGUUAUCUUUUAAUAAUUUUUCUAUUAUAUAACUUUAUUAAAUAGUGAUUGAUCUCUGUUUUUUGGAACUGGAGAAAAAAUUUCUAAAAAUGCCUUUGUAUUUAUAAAAAUUAAAAAUUAUAAAAUAAUUGUUAUACUGGUUAUCAUUUAUAAAAUAAUUUGCUGCCAGACAUUCUACUUUUAUAUUUUCCGACUAACAAAAUAAUCUGCAUAUUUUGGAUUUUUCUGUACUUAUCAUUAGAAACCAAUUUAUGCUCCCUUUAUUAAAGAAUUAAAUUUAAACUUGUUUAAAUUUUCGAGUUUUGAUCAUUUCAAACAUUUGUCUAGAGUUACCUACUCAGUUAAAAUUAAAUUAUGAUGGUUGGUACUUAUAUUUUAAUUAUUAAAAAUGUCUCAUUUUUAAUUAAAAAUUGGCAUCUUAGAAUAUUCAAAUAACCAAACUAUUGUCUAAGUGGGAUUGUUGUUUGGUUACAAAUUAUACACUCUUACAAUGAUUGUUAUUUGUUAUUGUUAUUAAUAUUUGUAUGAUUUUAUUUAAAUUUAAUUUUACAGUAUUAUCUCAUUGUAUGCACAUUAUAAACACAGUAACUACAACCUAUGACUACCCUAUUACAAUAAUAAUACAACAGACACCAGUUUAAGAUUAUCGUUUUAUGACAAUGAUAAAUAAUACUUAUACAAUUUCUAAUACAAUAGUUGUUUUCAAUAAUCAACAGACAGGCUAUUUUACACAAUAUGGUAUUAUUCUAAGUUAUCCAAAACGUAUUUUAACUGAAAUAUAGAAAAAGAUACAGACAUUUUUUGCAUAGAGUGGGGGGGGGGCACUAUUGUAGAUGAGAAGUUAGAAAUAUAAAAAAGAGAAAAUUUAAAGUGAAAGUUUAAUGCGUAUCUGUACUCAACAGUUAACCUCUGCUAAUGAAGAAUGAUUCUGAACAAGUUGUUCUGCUCAAUUAAUAGUGUUACUUUCUAAUAUUUAAGUACUUCAUCAAAAUUUUAUAUUAAAAAUUCUCAUUAAAAAAAAAAACUGCAAGACUCAAUUUUUUUAAUUACAAAAUACUACUUAUAAUGAAUUUCUUGUUAAAUUUUCUAGCAUUUCUAUUUGGUCUAACAAUUUUAUACACAAAGUAUCUACCAAACAAGGUUAUGUUGGAUUGAAAAAUCCAUAAAAUUAAAAUGUAUAAACAGCUCCAAAAUGACUACAAUGAUAAGAAAAUUGUAUCACUUUCAGAACUACCAAAUAUAAGUUUUCUAUCCAAACUUUAAGUAUCUACGAAUAUUUUUAACUGAAAACAAAACAAAAAAUUGAAACUGUAAAUUUUUCCUUUCAUCCCAGUUGUUCACAUGUUUUUUCUCGGUUUGCCCCUAUUUAUAAUGCCUAAAUAACCUUAUAUAGUAUCACCUUAAUUAGAUUUCCUUUCAGAAUAUGUGCUAAACUUGAAAAUCUAAGCAAAAUUGCUGGUAGAAAAAUUAUCCACAAAAAAAUAAAAAUAUUUAUCUAACCAAUACAUUCCUUGCUCUGUUCAGAAUCUAAAAUAUGAAUAAUAUUUAUAGGAAAAUAUUAUGAAAUAAGUAGAGUCCGUAGUUCUAUAUAUAUUUGCAUGUCAAUAAGGGUUUGAAAUGAGUGAUUCAUGUCGCACCAAAUUCAAAUACCAAAUUUGACUACGCAUAUUUUACAUAUUCAGAGAAUUAUUGCAUAUUAGUUCAAAUAACAUGCAUAUAAUGUGUAUUUAUUAUUAAUGAAUCAAUUUUAUUGUAGAAAAAAAGUUUUUGACAUUGUUUUUCAGAAGAAUUUUGUUAAAAUAUUGUUAUAUUUGCCACAGUGUAUAAAAUCAGAGCUCUAACUCAUAGCUCACAAUCACAUGUGGCUUGGUGUUACUAUGUUAUGAAUUCUUUUGUCAUUCUGGUUGUGUGUAAUGUGUCGUUAUAUUUGAAAAUCGUGUGUGGUAGUAAAAGGCAUGUUGUGAUUUUAGUUUUAUUAUUUUGAAAUUUUAUUGUUAGGUUUUCAGAUUAUCUUAUUUCAAAUAAUAUAAUAUAUAAACAAUUAUUGCUAAGUUUAUUAUUAUUCUUGAGAUAAAUAUGGUGUUUUAUUUUUUUAAACAUAUUUUAUUAAGUAUAAUAAAAUGCAUAUUUAUCCACUUUUUGUAUCCAUAUUUGACAAUUUUUAAAUGCAUAUAAUUAUUACUUGGUCUCAAAAUACAAACAUUGAAUUUAAUUACUAUUUUAUAUUUUGAACACAGAUUUGUCACCAUAAAGUCAAAAUGGUGAUGCACGUCAAUAAUUGAGCGGGUCAAAUUUUUUUCCCAUAUAGCUAUAAAUUACAAAAACAAUGUGCCCCACCAUGUUUGAAAAAUUUUUGUAGUUCUGUUAAUAUUAUAUUUUUUUAGAUUUUUUUUAUCCGAUGAAUAAUUUCUUUGUUAUAGCUGUAGAAAAUAGGCAUGAAAACAAUUAAUAUUCAAUAAAAUAACAUGUUAUGUGAUGAGGAAUCACAAAAAGCCCAAAUAAAGAAUAAAAUCUUUAUCUUCUAUUGAAUAUAAGUUUUCAUGCCUAUUUUUUAGAAAUUAAAACCGGUAUAAUUAAGAAACUAUUAAUCAGAUAUUUAUGUAUGGAUACAUUACAAUUUUAAGAAUAAUAGUUUUUAAAAAAUGGCCAUUGAAAAUUUGCAUGUGAAUUAAUAGUUUUUUUUUUUUAUUUAGGGGAUGAAAAUGAAAAUUUAUUCUUCUUCAAAUCACCGUUCCACAUUUUAGUUCCGCCUGAAGACAAACCGAUUGAAAACAAAUUUAAAAUUAACAGCAUUAGAAAAAUCUGUUAAACAUCUGUCUGGAACAUACUCUACAAUGAAAUUUAAUAAGGUACUCAUUAUUUAUUUAGGUUCUUAAAUAGCUUUUCAUGAGUGAUUUAAAUAUUAUAAAUACCUAACCCUGUGAUAUCAAAGACAAAAAGAUUGGGUUCAUAAUUAUUAUAAAUAUAUUUUUACCAGCAGUAAUUUAUAAAGUUAUCAUCUAAAAUAUUUUGUACAGCGUCAUAGUGAUAACUGAUAAUAAUUCUAAUUAAAUAGUACCCAUAAAAUUGUCACUUGUGUUUGCUUAUAAAAUAGGUACAUAAAGAUGAAUAACACAAAUGUGUUUUUUAACUUUGUUAUUAAAUGAAUCUCUUGGAUAAAAAAAAAAAAUAUCAAUUUUUUUUUAUGUUGGUAAUGAGUGAUUUUGCCUACAUUUUAUAAUAUAAUGCAUUUUAAUUUUGUUUUUUUUCAGGGGCCUUUUCGAAAGUUAUCAAUGUUGAAAAUAAUCAUUUUAAAUGAUCUUUCAAAAUCAAAAAGGUAUUUAUUAAUUUAUGUUAAUUGUUUUGUAUUUUCGAUUCUGAGUUACCAUUUUAGAUGAUUUUUUUCCUGAGAAAAUACUUAUUUAGUAAAUAUACUCAGUUUCGGAGUGUAACGAGGAAUGUAUUGGUUUUAAAAUAAUGUUGUCAUUUUCUGCUAGAAAUCUUGCUCCAAUUUUCAAGACUAGUACCCUUUCUGGAGGAAAUUUAAUCUGGAUGGUACUUUUGGGUGGCUAUUUCUUGAUUUUCCAAGUGGUAUCUUUAUUAAUUUAAAAAACGGGAAAAUGUAUAUACUUGUCAUACAUAGACAAAAUUUCGCUCUGAAUUGUUUUUUGUUAGUAAUAGCUUAUCGUUCUGUACAAAUAUAAAUUAAAUUUCUCUCUCUAUAUCCUAAUUUCCCAACUUAUCGACUAUAACAGUCGCCCUCCCACCAUGAAAUGUGUCUUUUUAUAACGUAUUUUGAAAGUUGCAGAGUUUCUGCUUGAUAAUACUUUACUCCUUUCACUUUUCCUUAUAUUGGAAAAUUAUUAAUUGUGUUGUUAAUAACAUUAACUAUUGUAAUAUCUCUACUUAAAAUAUUUUGAUUCCUAUGAUUUACCAUUGCUUUCAGUAUGUAAACCUUUUAGCCCACAACUAAUUAUUUUACAAUUAAUUUUUACUAUAACGUUUAAACACAUACAUAAUAAUAUAGGUAAUCUGAUUAUAUUUAUUCUGAGUUAACGUUUGAGUUUAGUGUACUAAUUAUUUUUAGUUUAUGAUUUAUUUAUAUGAAGGUUAUUUUUUUAAAACCUUUAUUGUACAUAUAUUAAUGUAAGAUUACCAAAUGCAUUGGUAUGUAUAUUAUAUCUCUAUAUCUUUAACUAAUAUAUUAUUCUGAUAUUAUUAUAAUGUUAUAAUUUUAUUAUUCAUUAUUUUUACAGGAUGUUUUUUAUCAAAAACAUUCGGAUUCUGAAGAACCAAUAUCAGUAAUAGCUAAAAUAUUGUCCAAUAAUGAUGCAGCCAAGUAAUUUUUUUAUUAAUUUAUUGCCAGGUCUUUUUUUUUUUUUUGGUUAACACAAAGGCUUUCAUCUAAUACAGGGUCAACAUUAUUUUUGUUGUCUAGGGCCAAAAAGUAAAAACUAACUCUUCACAGACCACAAUUAGAAUACACAUUUUAUUUAACUUUCAGGUAGGCGCUAAUUAAGUGCAUAAAUAAAUGUUUCAUUGACUAUACUGCCCUAAAAUUAGUUCUACUUUAGUCUCUCUAGUAGUAAAACGUAUUUUAUAAUAUAAUGAAAAAAAUAUUUUUUUUUAUGAAAAGUUAUUAGAAUAUUAUGGUACAAAGCCGAAAAAUACGGAAAGUGUAAAUGGAUACUAAACAUUCAAGAUCAACAAAAAAUUUAUAUCCCUCCGCCUCAUGGAAAGUAAAACUGCAGUAGAAGUCUACACCCGAUUGCUUAGUAUUUUCCUAAAAUUUGAAGCGUGUCAGGUAUUUCACAGAGUAAUAACGGCCGAGAGAUUGUAAACUGUGUACUAGAUGAAUUAAUACAACUUCAACUUGAGUGUGUUGUUGUAUAUGGACGUCCGAGGCAUUCUCAGAGUAAAGGGAGUAUUCGGCCAAUCAAACAUAUUAAGAGAAUGGAUGAGAAUAUGUCCCAGAGAAGAUGGUCAAUCAGUCUUGAGUAUUCAGUGGCAAAAAAAACUGUUCAUUUUACCGUACUGUUGUUAGAAGCUCAAAUAAUGUGUUUUUUGGAAACUGCUUGAAAGUUGGAUUAACAGUUAAAGACUUCUAAUUGAUUUUUUCCAGAUUCCAAAAUUAAUGAUUGUGUGGUAAUGGCUGUUUCAAAAGAUGAUAAAGGGCUUACAGAUCCACCAAAUAUUUUAUGCUUAGCUGUUUAAAAUAAGAAAAAUUAAUUGUAUAAGCUAAGAACUAAAAAUGGAAUGAUUGAAGGAUGGUAUGAAGGAGAUUGCUUAAAAAUUUAUGAGCGAUUUUUAACGGUUGAUGAGAUUUGUUUGACAGAGAGCAAAGAGUUAACUGUUCGUGAGACUGACAGUUACAACAGGUGAACAAGGUUUUUCUUCUUGUUGGUGUAAAUCUAAAAGCCGAACAUCAAGGUGUGUCUGUUUUAAAAAAAAAAUAAAAAUGUGUAACAGUUGUUACCAUAUAGCUCUCAACCAAUUUAAAUAAAUUAUAAAGUUGUCCAACAAAAUAAUAUUUGUUUAUUUAUAAAAUAUAUAUAUUACACAAUGUGGAUAAAAUUAAUUGUAUCCAUUUCAUGAAUAGAUCAAAAAGUUGGUCAUACAGUGUAUAAAAACGUCAUUUUCACUAAAUUGAUACACAUCUUUUUUUGAUUUUAAUGAAUAAUUUGUAUUGUAGAAUGAAAUUUCCAUUUUUGGACUUAUUUCUAUUAAUAUUUGAUUUAUUUAUGAUUAUUGUUAAAAAUUCAACUAUAAAUGCAUUAUAAGUUUACUAAUACAUAGUUUGAAUUUCAAAGAUAGAAAAUGGUCAUAGAUAAGCAUUUUAUUAUACUCUUCCUCACUCCGGUCUAAACAUUAAACUGUUAUAACUCAUAAAUGGUAAAUCUGAUAUUAGUGUGGUGCAUUGAAAAAUAUUCAUUCUCUAUUCAAAUGAAUGUUCAAAAGGGUAGGGGGUUCUUAUUGAAAAAAUAAAAGUAUGCACUUAUUUAAAGUACAUGGAGUAUGAGUAAAAAAAUAAAAUUGGUUUUAAAAUAAAGCUUCAACGAUUCCAUUAUUAUUAGAAAAAAUAGAAAUCAAAUUCACUUGCAGAUUCGUGAUAAAAAAAAAGAAAAAUCAUUUUGUAUAGUUUUUUACCUCUUUAAAAAUUUAAUUAAUUUGUAUACACUGUUUCUUAAAAUGAUUUUGUAGAUUAAUAGUUGAUUUUUUACAGGUAUGAAAAAAUAUUAAACAAAUUUUAAACUGUUGGAUUUUCAUAGAGUCAAAGAUUUAGCCCGAGCAACAUUAGCAAAGGCCAGUUUAAUGUUUUUAAACUGUGGCUCUUUGGCUAAACUCAAUAGUGCAAUGCAGGUAACUACUGAAAUUUAAACAAAUUUAUUGUUUGAAUACAAUUUUGAUUACUUGUUUUGUUUAUUUACAGGCUUACGAUACAAUUUGUGGUAAGUUGAUUUUUUUACAAUUAUUUUUGUUAAUUUAAUUUUAAAAAUUACGAACUAAAGCCCAAAUAUAGUGAUUUAUGAGGACUAUCCGUAAAAUAAAGGUUUCCAAUUUUUGUAAUCCAAGAAAAUACAUGGUGUUGCGCAUUCAUCAUAGACAUCUGUACUUCCAUUCUUAAACUCUUGGCAACAUUUUCGCACACAACAAACAAAUUGCAGAAUAUAACUCACUUAGCGGGAGUGACAAAUGAAAACUUCAUUAUGAACGGCUACAAAAUCGAAACUAAGUGUCACAAACAUCUCGGAAUAAUAUUAGUUUGUAGGAAGGAAGCACAUCAGUGUGUGUUGUCAGAUAUUUUUUCAAACCUUCCUUAUGACAUUAGCGCCUCAAAAACCUAAUUUUACAUACAGCCUUUGUAUAUUUUUAUUUACUUUCGCUUUUUGUCAAAAUUAAUAUUUUUAAAAAGCUGUCCUAGGAUAAUGGGGGGACAGGUGCAGCCACUGUUAUAAGUAAUUUAAUGUAUAUCUGUUAUUAAUGAUUGACUAAUGCUGACAAAAAAACGAUUUUGAGCGGAGUUCACUUGACAUGUAGUUUCUUUAUUAAUAAUAUAUGUGUUGUAUUAUUAUCAAAUAAUUACAUAUGCAAUAUACACAUUUUUUUAAAAAUAUUUGGUCAAUAUUGUACCUAUUUUACCAGAUUUCUCAUUUAUUGGGAAAACUAGUGAGAAAUUUAAAAAUGGUCUCUUGAAAGUAUCUCACUAGUCAGUUUUUCUUUUAGAAAAAUUGCUAUCAUUAUAAAUCUGUGCAACAUUGCUGGUAGAAAAGUUUUUAAAAAAUCUUAAUAUUCUCAUAAAUAUUAAAUGAUUUCCUUAAUUCUUUAAAUUCUUAAAUUUAAAAAAAAAAUUUAGUCUACCUACCCUCUUUGACUUCUAUUAAGAUUAUUCUGCCUCUUGAUGAAAACAUUUAUCCUGAUUUAUUCAAACUAAGUUCUGUUACCCUUAUUUUAAAUAAUGGUUCUGCUUCCUUUGUGAAUAAUUAUAGACCUAUAUCCAUAAUCUCACAUCUCACUAAAUUGUUUGAACCCCAUAUUUUAAGUGGUAUCUGUUCUAAAGUAAAUUCUGGUUUUAUUUACGACCAAUAUGGUUUCCGGCCAUCAAGAUCAUCUAUUACUUGCAACCUUGUUCAAUGAUUAUAUAUACAAAACAUUUAAUCAUUGCUCUCAAGUAAAAUUCAUCAAUAUGGAUUUUGCUAAUUGACUGAUUGUACCUUUCUUCUUAAUUCACUAGUUUCAUGGACAAAUGAUCUCUGACUUAAACUGAAUAUCAUACAAUGUUUCAGUAUGUCAUUAUACAGAAAUUAAUCUUCGAUACAUUUUCAAUAUUUUAUUAAUAAUAAGCCCUGUCCAACCAGCUGGUGACAAUAUUCUUGUUUUAGACUUUCAUUACAGAUUUAAUUUGUCACUGCAGUUACAUAUCAAUUCAGUGUGUAAUAAAACUAACAAAAUGUUCAGUAUCACCAGACGAAUUACCACUAAAUUACGUCUUUAAGUGUUAAAACUCUAAUAUUCUUUGGUAUGUUCUAUUUUAAAGUAUGGAUCAAUUAUAUGGGAUUCCCCCCCCCCAUAUUGCUGAAAUCAAUCAAUUGAAAAGGGUACAACACAAGUUUUUAAACUUUAAUAUUAAUAUCAAAUGUCCCAUUCAUGAUUAUACACGUAUUUUUAAAGUACUAAGUUUAAGUAUUCUCUUUGAAUGUAGGGCCUACAUUAGUUUCCGCUUUUUACGGAACUUAAUAGAACUGUAAUAUUGAUUUCUUUCUAUUACUCUCUAGGAUUAAUUUUUGUGUUCUAUUAUAUGUAACACGAUCUAUGACUCCUAUUUAUGUUCCUAAUUACAGCACUAACUAUGUGGGAUCUAGUCUUCUAAACAAACUAAUGACUCUUGGUAAUGAGAACCAUCCCUUAUAUCAAGUUAUUUUAAUUUUGUAUUUGUAUAUUCCACUAAUUUAUGUAAUUUUUUCUUUAGUUGAUUUUAUUUGUUUUUAAUUUUCUGUCAUGCAACUACACUUAGGUCUAUCCUGUUGUAUGAUGAAUAAAUAAUAUAUUUCGUACAAUUUCCUGUUUUUCAAUUUUUUUUCGGCUCUUUACAAUUUAUGAAAAAACUUGAGAAAAUCAACAAAAUGACCUCUAAAGUAUCUCCCCGUUUAAAUUUCCUUUCAGAAAAGUUGCUACAUUUAAAAAUCUGAGCAAGAUUUCUGGUAAAAAAAAGUUGUGUACAGAUAAAAAAAAAAACUAUCUUAGUAAAACCAUAAACUUCCUUCAUUUCGCUCAAAAUUUAAAAUAUAAAGUUAAAUUUAAUUUUGUUACCUACUAAACUAUUUACAGUCAAUAUUUAUAAACAUUUCAAGGAACAAAAUAAAAAGUUGGGUAUAUCGAAAGUUUGUUACAUCAAAAUUUGUUAUGUCAAGAGAAACCGAUAGACAAACCUACAAAUACAUAUGAAUUUUUAUUUGGUAAUAUUCACAUACCUGAAUGAUGACAUAAAUCAUAUUUCUAUAGAUUUUAUUUGGUCACUACAUUUACCUUCAUUUUUUCUAUCUUUCCAUUAUAAGUUUUGGCCAUAAAAUUAAAAUUAAGUGCAAUUUAGAAUUUUAGUAUCAAAUUUUGAUGAAAAUUGUUAAUAUAUCACGGCCUUUGAAAAUAUAUGUAAACGAACUCUGUUCAAAAUCAUUUUUUUUUUUUUUUCCAAAGAUAAAUCGUGUACAGAUAUAUAUUAUAUUCUUUGAUUGUAUUUCAUUAUAUUCAUUGUAUCAACUGCCAUUGCAAUUCGACAAAACUUUUGAAAAUAUGCUUAAAUUUGUCAUGAAGUUAAUUUAAAACAACUACCACUUUUUUGAAAUUGAACUCAAACCCCCUUUAAAAAAAAAAAAUAUUCGAAUUCUAAAUUAUGAAUAAUCUUUAUAAACAAAAAGAGAUGUAAAAAAUCUCAACAUCAUGGCUUAUUGAUGUUUUUUUUAUAUAUAUAUAGGAUAGUCAUUAUAAUUUGCAAAAUAUAUUAUUAUUUAUAAAUACAAAUACUACAGAAAUAUAAGUGUACUUUUUUGAGCAAGCUCAGGUGGGGCCCUAGGUUCGUUCUUAUCUUUUACAAUAAAUUUCUCCUUAAAUCUAAAAUUAAUUUAACACUGGUAUUUACAAAAUAAAGACGUUCUAAAAUAAUGGGGUCGGUUGCAUCCACUGUUAUAAGUAAUUUAAUGUACACCUGUACACCCGGAGUUUAGUUAAUAGUGCUGCUUUGUUCACUUUAUAUAUGCCAUAUUAUGGUAAAAUUCCUAUUAUGUCAGUUCUAAAAUUAAAAUGGUUCCCGUUUUUUAUCGGUUUUUCUCAUUUGUUAAGAAAAUCGAAAAAUUUCCUCCCUUAUGUACCUUUACACAAAGAUUUCCUUUCAGAAAUUGUGCUACACAUUAAAAACAGAUCUUUGGAAGAUGUCUGGUAGAAAAGUUGUCCACAGAACAAAAAAAUUAAAAACAUUGUAAAAUCAUUAGCUUCUUCGUUUCACUCUGAAUCUAAAAGCAUCUUGUUUGUAUCUGUCCUCUAUAAUGGAUAUUGAUCAGUAGAUUAGUGGAAAAGUCUUAUCAUAAAGUUAUUCAUUAAAAUUUAAUGAAAAAAAUGUUUAAAUAUGUUAAACCAGCACUUAUUAAAAAAUAAUUCUAACAUUACUGAAAUUACCAAGAAUUCAGAUUAUAUGCUAUUUAUUUGUGAGCAUAUAUGGAAAUAAUUAAAUUUAAUCACUAUGCAUAUGACAACUGUAUUUUAAAGACAACUUACGUUAGCUAUCUAGUAUUAUCUAUGAUAAAACUGUAAUUAUUAGUUUUAUAUUCUUCAAUUACACAUAUUUUUAACUAAAGUAUUUUCUCAUUAUCCGCUUUAAUUUUGUAAUUCUCUGUCUACUUUAUCUUCAGGUAAAAUAAAACCCUUAUUUAAAUUGUAUGAUUGAAUUUAUAAAGUGGUGUCCCAUAAAGAUUCUACAAAUGUAAUUGUUUCGUUCAAUAUUUUAAAUAUUACUUUUUUGUAUUACUAAAACCUUGUUUGUGCUAUGAUUUCUCUGUCAUAUAUCAAACAAGAAUCUAAAAUUAUUUUUGGUUGAAAAAUUGGUGACUCAAUUGAUAUUAAUUAGUAGUGGCCAUUAAAACAAUUUUAAUUAUCUUUUAAAAACUUCAAACUUUUAACUUUAGUAAAUAAUAUCAAUUUUUCCAUUCUGAGCUAAGUGAGGAAUAUAUUAGUUUUUAUGUUUUUUCUAAUGUAUACAUUUUUAAACAAUAAUAUAUAUUAAAUGUUUCAGUUACCAUUAAUGUAUAUCUGGAUGAAUAUUUUUUUAUUGUUGCUAAUCAAAACUUUUUGUUUUCAGCUGAAAGAUUUAAAUCUGCCAAAUCAUUAUAUGAUGAAGGGAAUUAUGCAAGUUCCCAAGAAGCGUGUGAAAGUCUUAAUUUGCUUCAACCUAACAAUAUGAACAUUAUAAUUUUACUAUCAGCAUGUCAUUUUAUGCAGGGGAAAUAUGACGAAUCUUUAGAAGUUUUACAAAAAGUUCCAGAUAAAUAUCGUGGAUGUGUGGAAGUAAUAAAUAAUUUAGCAGCAAAUUAUUAUAAAAAAGAAAAUUAUUUAGAAGCCUUUUAUAAUUAUCAUAUGACAGCAUGCAAAAAACCAGAGUUUGUUGAAUAUUGGUUAGCUUAUGUUAUAUCAUCAAUCGCAACGAACAAUGAUCUAAAUGCUUUUCGAGCUCUUAACAUGAUUCUUCAUUAUAGUCCUAGUUCACUUCAAACACAUAUUUUAUAUGCCCGAUUACUAAAGAGAUCAAAAAGGUUUGACCUAGCAAUUGCCUCUUUACGACAUGCUAUAAGAUUGAACCCUACAUCAGAUACAAUUUGGGUAGAAUUGGGAAAUAGCUUUGCACUUAAUAAUAAAUUUAAUAGUGCAAUUAUAUGUUACGAAAAAGCAAUAGAAUGUAACAAGUUUUCGAUAAAACCUUACAUAAAUUUAGGAAUUAUGUAUUAUCAACUAAAACAAUUUAAUAAAUCAAGUUUUUAUUUUAAAACUUCUGUUCAGAUGUCUCCAACAUUAAAUUUUGAUAUUUUACAUAUAUUGGGUCAUGCAUAUUUUUAUAAUGGAAAUAUUUUGCCCGCUGUCCAAACUUACUCUUUGUAUUUAAAACAUUUCAAUAAUCCAGUUGUAUUGAAUGAUAUGGGUUUGAUAUAUUUAAAUAACCUUCAUGAUGCAACAGCUGCUGAAUCGUACUUUAAAUUGUGCAUUGACUUGGAUAAAAAAAACUUUUUAUAUUUUAAAUGUCUUGCAAUUGCACAUCAACAACUAGAUAAAACAAGCUCUGCUUUUAAAAUGGCUAUAAAGUGGGCUGAAGCACACAUCUAUGAAAACGAUAUAUUCAAUGCGAUUAUUGCAUUAGAUUAUGCUGGCAACAUGUUUCCAAAAAAUUAUUAUCCUCAUUGGAAAUUAGGACUUCUGUUCAAUAAGUUGAAUCUUAACCAUAAAGCAUUAUUGAGGUAAAUAAUCUUAUACAAUAUUGUUAUAAUUAUAUCAUCUUUUGUAAUAUUUUUAAUUGAGAUUUUCAUUCUUAAAGUAAAUCACUCAAGGAAUGAAAAUCACACUUUUAAACAUGCACUAUUUUAAAACCACCAAAUGAAAAUACCAAUAAAAAAAUAUAAAUAUUUCUAGUUUUUAAUAAUUUAAAUCUUAUGUAUUUUCACAUUCAAUUUAACAUUUGUAUGCACUUUUGAAUCACUAGCAUAAAUGUAUAUUAAUUUCUUUUAAAUUCCAUUUAACAGGUUUGAGAAUGCAAGAAGAUUGAAACCCAACUUUUUUUUAAAUUUUGUUAAUAUUGCAUUAAUAUAUGAAAAACAAAAUCGAUUAAAAGAUGCUGAAGAAUUUUACGAAAAAGCUUUACAGUUAAAUCCAAACCAUUGUAAUACUAUUUAUAAUCUAAUACUCCUUAAAAAACAAAUGGGCCUUAUUGACGAUGUUAUUGUACUUUAUGAUCUUUUGCUAAAUUAUUCUGGAUCUGAAAGUUUUGGAAUACAUAAAGAAUUUGCAAAUUAUUUUUAUCAUGAAGUUGGAAAUAUUAAAGAAGCUUAUAAUCAUUUUUUAAAAGCUUCAGAGAUCUGUGAUACCGAUUGUGAAACUUAUUUAGCUUUGGGAAUACUGUCACUUGAAUUAAGUUAUAAGACUGCUGCUCUUAAUUAUUUUCAAAAAGUACUUGAACUUGAUCCAGAUAGCAUAAUAGCUUAUACAUAUAAAGGAUAUAUUUUUAAUAAAAAUAAACAAUUUAAAGAAGCGAUCAAUGCAUUUGAAAAAGUAUUAAAUCUUGAACCAGAUAAUAUUAAUGCAUUCUGUCACUUAAUUCAAUGCCAACGGUAUGUUUGUAAGUUUAGAAACUUGGAUGUGAUUCACCUAAACAUGUAUAAAACUAUUAUUUUCGAACAAUUGGCAAAUAAUGAAGUGCCAAUUAUUACACUACAACACUCUUUGCUAUUUAAUUUUGAAUCCAAAGUGACCACACAAAUUGCAUCAGCAUUUGCAAAACAAUUUGUUGAUAAGCUGUAUAUACAAAAAAAAUCAAUUACCAGUUUUGUACACGAUACACCUAUAUCUGAUAAUAAAAUCCGUAUAGGAUAUGUAUACAUGGAUUUUUGUAACCAUCCUUCAUCAGAGUUGGUAAAGUCUUUAAAAAAAUUACAUGAUCGGAACAGAUUUGAAGUAUUUUGUUAUUCUCUAUCACCAAUAAAUAGAUUCAGGUAAAUGUUUUAUUGAGUAUAUCUAAUAUAAUUAAGUGUUUGCAUAUGUGUAUUUAUACCAUUGAUAAUAUGCUCAUAUAACUAUAAAUUAAUGUGCUUUAAUCACUUGUAUGUAAUGUAAUAAAAUUGAAUUUGUAGAAUUCAAAUAAAAGAUAAUCUUUUGAGGGAAAAAAAAUGAUUAUAUAAAUUUUUGAAUUUAUUAGUAUUUUUACAUGUGAGAAUAAUCAAUUUUAUAAACUUCAACAUUAUGAUUAGUAGAUGUUUUUACUUCAUUAUUUGUGAAUCUUAAACAACUUUUUUACCCUGAUUUUCAAAUUUAGCACUUUUUCUAAAAGAAAAUUUGAUUAGAGUAGUGUUACUUAAAGGAGAUCAACUUGUGUUUGGUCUAGGGGUUUUCAAUAAUAAAUAGGGAAAAAUUGGACAAUUUAUGUGAAAUGUAUUAUUUUCAAAUUGUAAAGAUUACAAAGUUUCAAAUUAUGUGUAACCAAAUUCUGCUUAGAAUUGUUUUUCAUUUGCAAAGAUUAAUUGUUAUGUUUAGAUAUAAUACAUUAAAUUCCCCUAUAUUCUACCUUUCCAAAUUUUCAUUAUUACAAUGGUCCACCCAUCGUGCUAAGUAUGUCUUUUUUACAAAUCUGGGUUAGUACCAAUUUACAAAAGCACAUACAAAUCAGGAAAAUAUUUGUUCGGAAUGUAAAAAGCAAACAGUUUAAUCAAUAAUAAUUUAGGAAAGCCUACUUUACAAGUAAGCUAUGUUCCCAGUUUCUAAGCAUAACUUUAAUUUCUAGUAUCGUACACAAUGCACUUAUUUUAUUACUUAGUAUUUUUAAUAUUGGCUAUUAUAAAUAUGGAUUUAAUGCUCAUAUUUAAAUUAAGAUUAAUAAUAAUACUAAUGUUACGAAUAAUAUAUUUAUCUCUUUGUUAACCAAAUCAACAAUUGUUACUAUGGACAGGGUUAUAAGCAUAAGCGUAUAUAUAGAGAUACUGGAGAGGCUGUCUCCUAAAUAUUGAACAGUUCGAAAUUAUUCAAAGAGAAACUAAAUAAUUUCCUAUAGUAUUAUCCUACAGAAUAUCUACAAGUUAAGUUAGUUCUAAAUACGUUUCAUGGAAAUACCAAUUCAAAUUUAAAAGUUUUAAGUGCAAGUUUUUGGAAUUAUUAAAUUUUAUUGUGAUUCUGUUAAUUCACUCAUUUAUACAACUAUUUUAACUGUAGUCAAAAUUUGCAUUUAUAGGAUUAUACUAUAAUUCUUUUAAUAUUAACUAAUAUUUUUAGCAUAAAAAUUGAAAUUCUUCAAUAAAAAGCACUAAAUAUUUUUAAUCAAACCGCUCUACUCUCUUGCUAAUCAACUAAUUGAUCCAAAAUUUUAAAUUAAUCACAAAAUAUUCCCAUAAAUUAUAAUCAAAUGUAGGACUUUUUGCCAGUAAAUAUUGGUUUCCAUCACACUGUGUGCCUUUUAAAUACAAUUAUGGUUGAAAUGAUAAUGAUAAUAUAUAUUAUUAAUUUUUAGUAACUUUUUUAACAUUUAACGCUGAUAUUGAUGCAUCGUUGACAACUAGUCAUAAUAUUCUUAGCUCCUAAUAAUAUCAGAUUAUAACAAGUCAUUUGUUCUUGCGCCUCCACAUAGGUAAGACUUCUUACAUUGUUUGAAAAUCUAGCUAUUGGGCUUGGGGUUGCCCAAAUUAACCCAUGUUGCAGUUAAUGUGUAAAUAUAUUUCUGCUUUAAUUCUCUUCCAAUUUAUAAGAAUCUUCACAUUUUUAUAUUUAGUCUACAAUUCACUGCCUCUAUGUUUGGUUUAUGCCAUCAUUAAAAUUAAAAUUAAAUUGAUAUAUACAUUUUGAUAUAAUUUAUGUAAAUAAAUAUAUUUUUUUCACAUUCAAAACAGGUAGGUCACACCCCAAAUUAAAUUUCCAACAUUUUGUAUAUUUUCUCGGGUUUUUCUGUUUGUUAUAAAAAAAUCUUGGGAAAAUCAAAAAAUAACCUUGAAGUUCAAUUUUAUUUUAGGAAAGGUCCUACAAUUGAAAAUUUGAGCAAAAUUGUUGGUAGAAAAGUUUCUCACAAAAAAAAAAAUUAAACAUUGUUUUUCCUCUGCUUAGAAUCUAAAAGAAAUUAGUACCAAAAUACAUAAUCUAAAAUUGUUUACAUUAUUAUAAACUUAAUUAUCAAAAUAUUUUUUUUUAGGUCAAAUAAUUUAUCUGAAUCUGAUUGGUGUGUUGAUAUUUCCAACCUCGGUUCAAUUGAUGCAGCCAAAAGAAUAAAUGCAGAUGGAAUUAAUAUUUUAAUUGAUGUGGGCGAUUCUACAAAAGAUCUCGAAUAUGAAAUGUUUGUAUUGAAACCAGCACCAAUUCAAGUUAAAUUACUUGGACAUCCUGGAACUAGUGGUGCUACUUUUGUAGAUUUUUUAAUAACAGAUGAAAUAUGUUCUCCGCCUAACCUAGAUUAUUUGUAUACUGAGAAGUUGGCUUACUUGAAUCGAACUGUUUUUUUUGGUGAUCACAGCUUACUAAAUAAUGACCUAAGUCAACGGAAUUCUCAAAGCGGAAUAACCAACACGAAUAAUACCAAUGACACAAACUUGACUGAGAGUUCUACUUCAAUAUUACAUGUUCAGAUAUUUCUUAAGGAUUAUCAAAAAUGCUAUACAAGAAAAAUAUACAAUUUACCAGAAAACUCCAUAGUUUAUUGUAAUUUUGGUCAACAUUAUAAAAUAAAUCAAAGUACUUUGAAUCUGUGGAUAACCAUUUUAAAGCUUGUUAAAAAUUCUGUGUUAUGGCUUUUACGGUUUGGUGAUGAUACCAUAAAUGACAUUCAUGAAUAUAUUGCACUGAAGGGUAUUAAUCCAACGCGAGUAAUUUUCAGUAACAUAGUACCUAAGGAUGAACAUCUGAAAAGAAUUCAGCUGGCUGAUAUAUUUUUAGAUACACCAUUAUACAAUGGUCAUAAAUGUUGCUUAGAUGCAUUAUGGGCAGGAACGCCAAUAGUAACGUUAUCUGGAGAUACUUAUGCAUCCCGCAUAGCUACUUCACAAUUAAUUGCGUUAAAUUGUACAGAAACAAUUGCUGAGACUGAAAAUGACUAUAUCAAAUUAGCAGUACAAUUAGGGAAGCACCCCCAUUUAUUGGACCGAAUAAGACAACAAAUUUGGCAAUCGAAAUCAACAAGUUCACUGUUUGACUGUAAAUCUUAUUCUAAAGAAUUAGAAAAACUUUACUUAAAUAUGUGGAAACAAUAUUUUAAUCGGUGUUAAUGAGUUUCUACAAUAUUGGAAUGAUAAACAGAUAUUGGUUUUUAUAUUAAAGAUUUUAAAUACAAUUGUAUAUUAAAAAAAAUAUAUAUAUCUACAUACAGUUUGACAAUUCUCUACAAACACCAAUACUUUUUUUAGUUACUAAACCAUAAAAUUAUAUUAAAUUUUAAUAAUAAUAAUUUUUAUUUAUUUAUUCAAAUUUGUAAAUUAGUAAUUGUAAAUAUGCAUUAUUUAUUUUAUCCUUAAGAAAAUAUUGAUUAGUAGUAUGUUUUAUGAAACAUGUAAUAAGUAAUAAGUAAUAAUUUUUUAUAAUUAUUUAAAUAUUUAAACCCUCCUCAUGUUUGUUUUAUUAUUUUUUUAAUUAGACAUAGUUACUCAUAAACUAAAAAACUUAUUUAUAAUGAUUAUGUUUUUUUUUUUUUUUUUCUGCUACCGAAAAAAGAUUGUGUUGUGUGUAUUCAUUUAUUAUUGUAUUUAUAUUACUCCAAUAUUUCAAUAAAGAGUUUGUAAUUACAUUUUUCUUAAUCUCAAGUGUCAUAGGUGACAUCGUAAAUGAAUUUGGGGUGGAGCAAAAUAGUCAUAACCGCUAGAUAAUUAAUUUCUCCUCUUGCUGUAAAUGUUAAAAAAAUAUGCUUAUCGUUAUUUUUAUGCAGCCAUUUUCAUCCCUAAAAAAGUCAUACUCUUUCCCACUAUUGGGAUAUCUUUCUAUAAAUUAAUAGAAGUGGUGAUUCAGUUUUUGAAUAUCUGCCUUGAGCCCUUUAAGAAAAUUCUUUAUAGGAACAAUUCCACUGAAUCAAAGAUAACAUAUAUAUAUAUAUAUAUAUAUAUAUAUAACAAUUUAAAAAAGAGGAAUUGUAGCGUUUACAAUUAAUCGUGUGUGAUAAUUAUAAACAUAGUUUGGAAUUUGAACGAGUACAUUUAAUUUUUGAAUUUUGCAUUCUUAGUCAUACAUUCAAAAUAGGUUUUCAAAUUUUCAAUUUAAAAAAUUAAGCUAAACAUUAGUCAUCUUCAUAAGUUAAUCACUAUCACCGGUUGACUACUAUUUACAGUUAGUGUACCUACUAUAAUUGUCAAAAUAGCUUGUUAGCUGAUGUGAUAGGAUAAUAGAGACGGGUGCAGCUACACUGUUAAGCCUCCCAUACACAGUCAGUCAAGACUGACAAUCUUCAGUCAUUAGGUUAUUUUAUAUUAGUCAAUAAUUGUUAUUCUAGAAAUAUGAUAAUUUGAUCUUAAUGUGUUGAUUUUUUAAAAUUUAUUAGUUAAUUAUGUGUAGCGUUUUAUUCAUCACUAUUUUCCAUGUAGCACAGGUAAACUACCAUAUAAAUUUUUAAAUUCGCGCCAAAAUUCUUCAUUAUUUACCUUAUUUGCCAUUUUUGUAUGAAGAUAUAAAAUUUAGAAAAGACGACUGGCUUCACACAAUUCAACUUGAUUGACUGAUAAAUUGUACAUUCAUAGACAUAUACGUUCAGUUAUGAAUGUCAAUGUUCAAACAUGUUAGAACUUCAUUAGUCAUAAAAUCUGAUCGUGUAAUGUGUUUGACCUACAACACAUACACGAUCAGUCUUAAAUGACAAUCAACGUGAUUGAACGUGUAUGGGGGACUUUAUAGGUAAUUAGAUAAUUAAAUGUAUAUCUGUAAGUAAUAAUAUUUUGCUAACAAAAAACCGUUUUGAGUGCAGGUCAGUUGAUAGUGAUGCUUUGUCAACAAUAUAUAAUUAUGUCAUAUUAUGGUAAAAUAAAUAGGCAUUGUAUAUUUUGUUUAAUAUUAUACCGAUUUUCGGGUGUUUUCAUAUUUUUUUGGGAAAAUCGAAAAAUUAUCUUCCUAAAUACCUCCGCAGUCAGUUUUUCUUUUAGAAAAACUGCUAUCUUUGUAAAUCUGAGCAAAAUUGUUGGUAGAAAAGUUGUCUACAAAAAAAAGAAGGCUACAAUAUUUUUUUACUAAUACUUAUAUUUUCCGACAUUUUAUUCUGAUUUUUCCCAGAUACUAUGAAAACUAGUUGAAAAAAAAAUUGUCAUGGAGAUAAAAUUUCCUUUCAGAAAAUAAGAUAAAAAAUUUCUUUUAGAAAAGUUUUUACAACAAAUCGAGGGGUAUUUUGCGAUUAAAAUAGUCCGAGCGAGCGAUGAUUUGGGUCUCUCGGUACACCUAGAAUGCAUUUGGUUUUUCCUUGUUUAGGUAAAAGGGGAAAAAAAUGCAAAACAUUUUGUUCGAAACCAAGGGGGGUUUUGAACUCGUGAUCCCUAUUUUUUUAAUGUUUUAGGUGGGAAGAAAAAUAUAUUGCAUAUAAUAUUUUUAUAAAUUCAUCUCUUAAUUCAGAAGAUUGAUGCAAGUUGAGGUCGAUUAGCAACGCUCUUCUGUUAUUGCAUUGGAAAAUGUUGGUUAGUCUUAUAGCGUUUUCCAUCUGACUGCAUCGACUGUACUAGUAAACAUUUUUAUGUUCCAUAUGGUAUAUUGAUGCAGGUUUUUAUGUUUCACAUGCGCGCAUUCUACCAUUUUCUUAUUUAAGAACGAUCAUAUAUACUAAAUACAAAAACAUUUUGUCAAACAUCUAUCAUAGCGCCCAUCUCCCCGUUAGCCUUAUCAUUAGUGUGAAUAAUAUAUUAGACAAUCCAUUAUUUCAGCCUUUGUAUUAUUGUGUUCAACAAUUUUCAUCAGAUUCCCAAUCUUUCUCUUCAAUUAUUUUAUCAACAUUGACAUAUAAAUUUUCAACUAAAUUUGACUUUUUUUGUUUAUAGAUACUUUUUUUCUACAUAAACCUAUCCGCACCUGCAUGCCAAAUAUAAUAUUUACUGAGCAAAUAACAUUUCCUAAUUUAUCAACAGUAUUCUUUGAUCUUAUUAUUAGGUCAUCCAGAAAAUGUUUUUCACAAAAAACCUCGUUAGCAUUAAAAUGAUCUAUCCCUAAAUAUUGUAGCCAUUUCUCCUUUAAAUGUUUAUCUUUUGGGAUAAUAAAAAUGGAUAGUUUUUGUGAUUAAAAUAGUCCAAGUGAGCGAUGGUUCUAGGUGUAACAAAAAUGCACUUGUUUUUUCCUUGUUUAGGUAAAGAGGGAAAAAAAUGCAAAUAAUUUUGUUCGAUGACUUGAUUUGAACUCGCGACCCCCAUUAGGAUGACAAGAAGUUUUUAAAACCAGUAAAUCACAAGCAUUCUUUAAAAAGGACAAUAUUGAGUUAUUCUAUAUAACAUCUAAUAUCCGCUUAAUAUCAGAACUUCAAAAAGCUAUAAUUUCGAAGCUUCAUAGUCCGCUCAAUUUUGACUUCACCAUUAUUCAAAAAUUGGCAAUAUACAUAUGAGUAAAAAAAAAAAAUUGAAAAAUUAGAUUUGUUUCACAUCAUUUUUUACAUAAAUGAUUUUGAAUUUAUAAUUUCAUAAAAACGUUUAAAUGUAUUUGUUCUAUUGUCAUUUGGUAUGACAUACUUAAUCAUAUAAAUCCAAUCAGUAAAUUAAUGCGAAAACCAAAUUUUAACAUAUCUUUAGCUUUGGGUAUUUUAGAAAUUUUAUUGAAACAUUUAAAGGAAUUAAGAUCAGAAGAAUCUUUUGAGAAAAUUAUUAUAAAUUCAACAGCAUUUGCAACGGAAAUGGGAGCAGAGUCUUACAAUUCUCAAUAAACUUAACUUUAAGGUAUUUUAAUUAAGCCAGUAUAAGAUUUUCUCAAGAUUUUUCCCAGCAAAUGUGCCUAGCUAUUAAACUCAAGUAAUUUGAUGGACAACUAUGGAUACUAUUAAGAUAAUUAAAAACAUUUUUAGAGCCAUUCGACUUUGAUC